AUGAGCGAUUUAUUAGCUGCUGGCAUUAUUUUAUUUACAUUAGAUGAAUGCCAUGUACCAAAAUUUUUACUUUUAAGAUGUUCAAAAGGAAAACACUGGUCUCCACCAAAGGGCCAUUGUGAUGAGCAUGAAGUUGAUAACUUAUUAACCACAGCAUUUAGAGAAACAUAUGAAGAGACAGGUAUAAAAAAAGAUAAUAUUAAAAUUUAUGAUUUUAAGAAGGAAAUACAUUAUAAAGCAUGGGGAAAAAAUAAAACUGUAGUAUAUUUUCUUGGCGAAUGUACAAAUACAACAGUUGUAUUAUCUCAUGAACAUGAUCAAUAUACAUGGGCUUAUAUCGAAGAAGCCAGAUCUCUUAUUGAACAUGAAUCUUUAUUUGAAAUAUAUAUACAAGCAUUAGAAAAACUUAAUAUUGAAUUUAACUAG